AUGACAACUCAUAAACCAGCAAUAUCCGCAGCCUACUCCUCCUCCCAACCACCGCACACCUCAUACACAUUCCGUCAUAAGAUCGCCGCAUCUUUGGAGACGAACAGCCCACAACAAUCCGUCGCUGCGAAGAAGGCUUACCUCUCUGAACUACGUGAAGUAAACGUGUUCCUUACCGAGAGGAUGGAAGAAGAUAAGAAAAGGGCCGGAGAAGGGACAGGCAAGGAUGCGGAACAAGAAGCGAAGGAAGAGGAGAAUUACGGGGAGGAGAAUGUUGAGGAUGAUGCCUAG